CGAGGAGGCCGCUCAACGAGCGCGUAACUGCCCAUCUUCGACCACAUCCACAGGGACGGGCUGUGCGAGGCUUGGGCUCAGCAUCGACGAGGACGUCCAGCUAGUGGCUUGCUUCCUCUGCUUUUGUGAAGGAAAUUGUCGGUGCGUUGUCCUUUUGCUGCGCUGGGAACGUAUGAGUUGACUUCGUGCGACUACUCUUACCCCAGGUAUCCGCAGGCAUUUCGAUGUCCGUUCAAACAUCAGUAUCGCGCGCUCUCCAGCGAGUAUGGACGGCAUUUAUUGCUGCUGUAGGACGGCUGGACAAGUCGCUUUCGCCGAAAGACACGCUCCGGCGGCUCGGCCAGCACAGAUGGACGCUUUCCGACUCGAUUUACGUCUUCCACAUGGCCCUCGCCACCUUCUGGCUCAGCUUAAUGCAGGUGCCAGGCUUCCCGCUCAAGCUCAUGAUACCUAUCCUCUACGCAACUGCGCUCCUCGUACCCCUGACCUCGCAGUUCUUCAUCCCGGCUACCCCGAUCUUCGCGUGGCUCCUCACCUUCUACACCUCGCGGUUCAUUCCUGUGAGCUGGCGACCGACGAUUUCUGUCGUCCUCCUUCCAACGCUCGAGUCCGUGCUGUACGGUGCUAACAUAUCCGACCUCCUCACCCGCUUCACGCACCAAUUCCUCGACAUCCUCGCCUGGCUCCCGUACGGCCUCAUCCACUUCAUCUUCCCAUUCGUUGUUGCGGCGUUCCUGUGGCUCUUCCGCACAAAGGAGGCGCUACACCUCUGGGGACGAGUGUUCGGAUAUAUGAACCUCAUUGGUGUCACCAUGCAGAUUCUCAUGCCCUGCGCACCGCCGUGGUACGAGCUCAUCUACGGGCUUACUCCUGCCAACUACAGCAUGCCAGGCUCACCGGGAGGUCUUGCGCGUAUCGACCGUCUGUUCCAUUCCAACGGUUACACCGUCACCUUCAGCAAUUCGCCUGUCGUCUUCGGUGCUUUUCCGUCUCUCCAUUCGGCAUGCGCUACCAUGGAGGCCCUCUUCAUCUCCCACUUCUUCCCGCAGUGCACCAGAUACAUCUGGACAUACGCUGCCGUUCUUUAUUGGGCGACGAUGUACCUCACCCACCACUACCUCAUCGACGUCGUCGGCGGUUCGUGCCUCGCAAUCGCAUGCUUCUACCUCUUUCUCCCCGACGAGCUCAAGAGCACAAAUGCCCUCCUGGCCCCAGGCGGGCUGAGCUCCACCGCAUUCGGUAGCAAGCGAUCGAAGUACGAGCUCUACGACCUAGAUGAGCCUGUGCGCAGGCAUGGGCGAGGAGCAAGCGGCAGCAUCAUGCGCGACGCGUCGGAGUACGACCUCGAGGAAUCGGACAGGGAGUCGGAUGAGGAGAUGGACAUCACCUUCCGCUCGCCGAUCACGCCUGGGCCGACGUCGGCGACUCCGCUCAUGAAGCCUCAAGGCGGCGCGGCGAGCCAGGCGAAGAAGAGCCACCGGCACACAGCUAGCAUCGCGAGCCUCAUUCGCGCAGAGGAGCGCGCAGAGGAUGGGUGGAGCCCCAUCAACACGUCUUUCAACAUUCCGCCUAUCCCGCGGAACGAUGAGGCGAGGAGUCCGCGGCCAUAGAAGAUUGCCUCGUCAGAGCAUUUUGGGGACAUGGGUAGCCUAGCAUCUUUACCAGACAGUCUGUUCCGUUUCGCAGGCGUCACAUACAGCUUGUCCGUCAAUCGCUCGUUUAACGCACUAUCUAUAUCCGUACAGCUAAUGUAACACAUACUGCGAUCCGCCGGAGGAAUUGAAGACUCAGAAGGAGACUGCAGCUCACCUGAGAGGUAAAUUGCUUCCGUGUCAAGCCACGUUGGUCUUCAAAACUUCAUGAUCAAGCUUCAAGUGCAGGCCAAAAAAACUACCAGCCUACCAGCUAUAUACGUUUUCCGGCAGGAAUUCUACUUGCAUGAUCUUCCGAGUUCUCUGGGCUGCGACCGUCAGUUGUUGCCGGAGCAGUUGCC